AUGCGAACAACAACAGAACCCGCGCUGAAGGAUGAGGCGUCCCGCGCCUCCGGACCGGGUACCCGGUGGGCAUGGUACCCGUCGGUCCGGGUCUCGGAGUCCAGAGACAGCAGGGGGACCCUGGAGACCCCGGGGGCCCCUCCGAUGGGGGCGAAGGGGCGUCGCAGCAGCGUCCUCCUCAGCCUCCCGGUCCUGAACCCGGAGAGGCUGAAGGCCGCCAAGGCUCUGGCGGAGCGAGCGGUCAAGCAGGGGAAGGUGUUCUCCAUCCAGGGUCCGUACCCCGUGGUGCGGGCCGACCUGAGGGCCCGGGGCUGGGUGGAGCGGCGUCUGACCCCGCCCCUUCAGAAGGCCCCUAGCGAGCGCGGGGACGAGGAGGGGGAAGGAGACGAGGACGGGGAGGAGGACAGGGCUGAGGGCCCGGAGGAGGAGGCGGACAGAGAGGAGGAAGUGGACGGAAUGUACAACCUCAUGUCCCGCCUGGUGCGGAACGAGACCGCCAGCCUGCUGUGGACCAUGAGGAGGGACACCAUCGACUGCAAGUCUCUGAGGAAGGACCAGAUGACCAACCAUUACGCCAACUCCGGCACGUUCACCACCAAGGUGGGGCUGUGCGUCAACCUGCAGAACCUGCUGUGGUUCGACACCGCCGACCCCGACAGCUUCUUCCCACGCUGCUACCGGUUGGGGGCUCAGGACGAGAAGCAGGCCUUCAUAGAGGACUUCAGGAGGACCGCCUGCAGCAGUCUGCUGCAGUAUGUGGUGGAGUCAAGCUGCCUGGACGCUGGUGAUAGACAGGAACACACUGAGGACACUGAGACACUGAAGGGUGGGAAAAGACAAUGCAGGCGGCAAGCGCGUCGAUUCGUCGAUGCAGGAAUGAUCGACAGUGCUCUGCACGUAUGCCAGGAGUUCCUCAACAGCCUGGAACAUGGUGACAUUGAUGUCACUGUGGAAACGUUCACCUCGCUGACGGGAGAGCAAUGGACAGAGUUCCUGCGCGACUACUACCUGGUGGUGCACGGAGGAGCUCGGAUCCAGGGGGCCGUGGAGUUUGUGGAGCGCUGCCGGAGAAUGUUGAGCAGACUGCAUGAAGUCUGCCCACAGCUGGACACAGACGGCCUGCACAACAUCUGGAUCGUCAAGCCAGGGGCCAUGUCCCGGGGACGGGGCAUCAUGUGCAUGAACCGCCUGGAGGACAUCCUGACCCUAGUCCACAGUGACUCCACCCUGAUCAAGGACAGCAAGUGGGUGGUGCAGAAGUACCUGGAGCGCCCCCUGCUGGUUUACGGCACCAAGUUCGACAUCCGCCAGUGGUUCCUGGUGACGGACUGGAACCCGCUCACCAUCUGGUUCUACAACGAGUGCUACCUGCGCUUCUCCACGCAGCCCUACUCCAUCUCCUCCCUCGACAGCUCCGUCCACCUGUGCAACAACUCCAUCCAGAAGCACUUCGCUCCGUCGCGGGCGCGCCACCCGGGGCUCCCGGACGACAACAUGUGGUCCUGCUCCCAGUUCCGGGCCUACCUGCAGGACCAGGGGCUGGGCGGCUCCCAGUGGGGGGCGCUGGCCGUGCCGGGCAUGCAGCAGGCGGUGGUCCGCGCCAUGCGCACGGCCCAGGACCUGGUGGAGCCCCGCCGCGCCAGCUUCGAGCUGUACGGCGCCGACUUCAUGCUGGGCCGCGACCUGCGGCCCUGGUUGCUGGAGAUCAACGCCAGCCCCACCAUGGCCUGCUCCGCCGUCGCCACCGCGCGCCUCUGCCCCGCCGUGCAGCUCGACACGCUCCGGGUGGUGCUCGACUGGAGGGGCGAGCCCGCCGCCGACACCGGGGGCUUCUACCUCCUCUACAAGCAGGCCGCUGUGGAGGUCCCCCACUACGUCGGGACCAACCUGUUGGUGGAAGGAGCUCCACUGAGACCGGCCCCGUCCCGACCGGCGCCCCGUAAACCCCCCUCCUGUCCUAACCCGCUUCCUCCUAGAGCUUCGGUGGAGCCGUCGCCCCCCGGCGUCCAUAAGACCCCCCCGACCGCAGUCAAGACCCCCGGCCUCAGGCCUCCUCAGGCCCCCACCACAGUCAAGCCCCCCAGCCUCAGGCCUCCUCAGGCCCCCACCACAGUCAAGCCCCCCAGCCUCAGGCCUCCUCAGGCCCCCACCACCGAUAAGCCCCCCAGCCUCAGGCCUCCUCAGGCCCCCACCACCGAUAAGCCCCCCGGCCUCAGGCCUCCUCAGGCCCCCACCACCGAUAAGCCCCCCGGCCUCAGGCCUCGCCCCGCCUCCAGGGUCCGGCCCUCGGGUACCAAGCGUCCCUCCGCCGGCGACCUCAGGAUGCCGCUGCCGUCGCUGUCCCUCAAGAGCCGGCUCCACGGGAGAACUCUGAGCGGUGGACCCCCCGGCCCGGGGGGCAGACCCCCCGGGCUCGGCAGCCGCUCCCACCACAGGUCAGCGCCCGAGCGCCCGGCACCGCUGGCCCCUGGGGGCCCGAGGGCCUCCAGAGGGCCUCCGGAGGGCCCGAGGGCCCGCCACCCGGGUCUGAGCCAGGGCCAGGACAGGGUGGCCCUGGUCCCCGUGACUCUGCUCUGUUCCCCCGGCCUCCCCGCACAUCGCCCGCCACAGGCCCCGCCCCUUACCCUGGCGGGCGGGGAGCCACCGAGUCCCUGGGCACGCUCCCUGCAGGGAGAGGGGAGGCCCCACCGCAGGGCCCUCCCCUCUCUGUCCGGGCCCCUGCCCGACCUGGAGGUGUUCAGCCUGCGGCCCGGGUCCCUGUCCAGGGAGCGGUCCGCUCUGCUCUCCCUCCAGAGCCUGCACCGGUUCAAGGUCUGCUCCCGUCGGCAGACGCUCUGCCGGUACCAGUUCACGGGCGUGGCCAAUCACUGA